AUGCCACCCCGCACCCGUUUAAAAACCCAUGCCACACACGAUCAGGAUCGACCAGUGGACACACCUUCUCCUCCGGAUCAACCGCACGACGAUAACGAAAAAGACGCUGCCCGUACAUCAUCCGAAGAACCAAGCUCUCCCCGCCAGGUCAACCAUCCGUUGACCGAUGCAGAGGAGUUAGAGCGCGCUCGGAGGGUUGCCGCCAACGCUGUCAGCUCUAGCUACAAUAACUACCAGGUACCAGAGCUCUCUGAUCAAAAGGACAAGUCUGGAAGGUUCAUGAUUGCUUACCAUUGUAAAAUCAUGCCGCCCUCUGCCUCCGCAAACAAUAAGAGGCAUCCAAGACGCGCACUCUGGCCAGUGUUGGGAUUACUGGGACUGGUGACAUUGAUCCCAAAGAGGUCCCACAGCUGUGUGCUGUAUGGUGCGCAGAAGCCGCACGUCCAUUCUCCGCCCUUGUAG